UGCGUUAUAUCAGUGCAGUCAUUGAUUAAACCCAUCUCACAAGUAGCUCCCAUGUGCAGUAUGAUGAUUCCGCAAAAUGUCAUUUUAUUUCCCGUUUUGAAAAAUCAACUUCUUGAUAGCGUCCAAUUAAUUAGGGCAAACAGUUAUUGCGUUUCUUCCCUUUUGCGUACUGGUCUUCGCCUUCAGAGGAAACGAUAAUUCUAGACAUAUCGAACCAUGAUCGGGUUUCGGUUCGGAAACGGAGAAUGUACGCAGCUUCCGGCACGCUCCGAUCGUUGCCCCGCCAUUAAUCGAAUGGUCGAACGAACGAUCGUUUGAUAACGCCAGCAUGAGCGCAACGAGAAGCUGUGUCACAGUUGACGCUUUCUUACGCCUACACUUGCUAAGGGCCCGCAUCAAAAAGCACAGAUACGUUGCAGAACGGUCAAUAGAACCGGUGCACAGUACGUAACAAAAAUAAAGAUGCACAUUAGAACUAAACUGAACUCAGUCAUUUUGGAAUACAAAACUAGCAUUCAAGAAUAUAAUGCUAAUGUGAGUAUUUUAUAUUUAUGUAAUUUUGUUUUCUUUUUUUUUCGUUAUCAAUAUGUUUUGAACACUUUCGUUUUGAACGGUUCACGUGUUCGCUACUCUUGCAACAGUCGCGAGUACUCUACCUCCCACCGUUGUAUAGCGAAGAUGCUAGACGACCCCACUUGUCAACGAUUCUCCCUGAGGAAUGGUGGAACAAAUGCACGCUAUUGACAAGAGGUUAUCGGGUGCGAGGAGACACAGGGUAAAGAUUUACCCGUCCGCGCUAAGCUAGAACGCGUAAGUCAUCCUUUAUACUACGGCUAUCCGUGGCCGUCGCGCGCCAGUUCGGUACGGGACGUUGACACGACCAGGACCGUCUGGAUCACUUGUUAUUGAAGCACCUUCUUACAGUACUUGGUGCAGUGGGGUUUUGCAAACAUUCGUUGGAAAGGUGAAAACUAUCUGUGCUUAACAUUAGCACUCCGUGCCAGACGAUGCAUCAUCCACAAGCGGAUCAACGGACAGGUGAAAAUGCUAAUGGUGAGAAAUGCAAUCCUGCCGAAAUCGUGAUAGAUCCGACAGCAAUUGUCACGAACGGUACUACCUCACCGAACAUCACAUCACACACGUACAGUGAGGCACUUGUCGUAGUCGGUCAGGGAUGGUUCCACACCAUACUCCUGUUCGUCACCGGCCUAUGCCUGAUGAGCGUCGUCAACGAAACGGUCAACGUGGGCUUUAUCAUCUCCGCAGCCGAAUGCGACCUGGACCUCACCUUCAGUGACAAGGGCGUACUGAACGGGGCCGGUUUUCUCGGUGUGGUGUCGAGUUCCUACGUUUGGGGCUUCCUAUCCGACACUUGGGGACGCCGACGGGUACUGCUACUAGCGUCGACCGGUGCUCUCAUCACAUCGAUCCUGUCCACGUUCGCUCCUCACGUUUGGGUACUGAUCGGAGCACGGUAUCUCGUCGGUAUCUUCAUAUCAGGCAAUGCAGCAACCUCGUACGCAUAUCUGGCUGAAUUCCACGGUGAAGCGUCCCGCGCGAAGGUGAUCUCCUGGGCCGCAAUGUUUAUGGCGAUCGGAUUGAUCUUUCUACCAUCGCUUGCCUGGCUGAUCAUACCGCUCGAUGACCGGUUCGAGCUGUACCUGUUCGGCAUGCGGUACGCCAUGUGGCGCAUCUAUCUGCUCCUUUGCUCGCUCGAUCUGAUCCUCAUCAUUGCCGGUCUGCUGUACCUGCCCGAGAGUGGAAAGUUUCUCCUUACCAACGGCCACCGGGAGAAAGUGGUGCAAAUUUUGGCCAAAAUCUAUCACCUCAAUCAGGGCGAACCGGAGCACACAUUCCCCGUCAAGUCGAUCACCCUGGAUGCGAUAGAUGCGGCGUACGCCGAUGAAAUGCAACGCCGAUCCAACCUUGGUCUACGCUACCUCUGGCAGCAAACCGUCCCCCUGUUCCGGGCACCAUUGCUCUGGCACACGCUCAAAGCGUCCGUGCUGAUGUUCGGUCUGUUUGCCACCUCGUCCGGGCUGUUCCUCUGGGUACCGGACAUCCUGAACACGUACGUGCAGCACGAGGACAUGCAGCUGUGCGACGUGAUUGCGCUGAUGCACGCAAACAAAACAGCUGCCCGGGCGGACAGCUCGACCGCCACCUGCCCGAUCGCGAUCAACGCGAACAUCUUUCUGAUCACCUCCGCGAUGGGUGUCGUCUUUCUCGCGUGCUACAUCCUGAACGGUUUCAUCAUCAACCGGGUCGGGAAGACGACGCUGCUCAACGCCUGGUUUGUGGUGUGCGGUAUCUGCGGGCUCGCCGUACUGUGGACUUCCGAUUUCUAUCUGACGCUGAUACUGAUCGCUGCCUUCGUCUCGUCUGGCUGCCUCGGUGGCGUCCUAAGUGCAAUAUCGGUCGACCUAUUUCCGACUAAUUACCGGGCAAUGGCGAUGUGCCUGAUACUGAUGACCGGCCGGUUUGGGGCAAUGGCCGGCAGCAACAUUAUCGCUUAUCUGCUCACGUACAACUGCAAUCUGAUCUUCAUACUGUUCGGCGGUUCACUGCUAGUUUGCGCUCUAAUUGGAGCAACCUUAACGGAAACGUGACAGCCAGCUAUUCCAAAAAUGUUGAAUGGCUGCCGCUACCGGUCGGCAGUGACGACCACUCUCGUCUAUGUGCGUGCGUGUGUGUGUGCCACGAGCUCAUCAUCCACCGGGUUGUCUUUGCCUGAAUGCCUGAAGAGUGCAACGUCCUAAACCGUUUGCAGAUACUACCAGAUUUGUUCGUGCCCUUUAAUGAGUAUCAACCAACAACCAACACGAAAUGAAAAUAGUCAGCUGCCCUGUUUUUGUAAGGACAUUCUCUAGCCGGAGGCUCUAGUUGUCCGGAUCCGAAUAAGCCACCGCAUCGAAUGUAAACCAAACCAAAGUGGGAAUUGUCGUGUUAUCGUGUAAGAUGCAAGGAAUGUUCCACACCAAAUAUGGUGCGGAACAAAACAAAAGAAGAAGGGGGAAAAAAGAAUAGAAAACCCAACCAAAGCAACUCCACAAGGAACAAGUGCACUAGUGUGGUAUAUUGUCGAUUCUAACCGGUUGAGCUGGUUCGUUUCUUGUCUCAUCAGCAAUAGUGGAGUUACUAAUUGAAACUAUGCAACGCACACAAUGGAGGUGUUUGUAGGUGCACAAGAGGCAACAAAGUAGCAAUUAUAGCAGGGAUUCACUUCAACCAUCAAUAGCGUUUAAGACAUUUUACAAGUAGCACUCCAAAACCCAAGUUUUUUUUGUUGUUGAAGAAAGUAGCCCGAAGUGCUAGCGAAUCAGGGAAUAAAUCAAACGUGCCAAUGUCA